AUGACGAGCAUCGGUGUCUCUGGCAGCACCUUCGGCCUGGCCGAGCGGUCGGUCAAUUCGUUUGCUGAGCGUACCACUCUAGCCUGCCUCUUCGCCAUAGCCUGGUACAAUGCUCUCGAGCUGAUCGUUCUCUGCUUCACCACCUUCAAGCGCUAUGGCGGGUGCUACUUCUGGUGCCUGCUCAUCUCCUCCUUCAGCAUCAUUCCCUUUGGCCUGGGAUACCUUCUCAUCAUCUUCAACGUCUAUACGACUGAAUUCCCCGUCGCCAUGGAACUCAUCGCCUGGGUUGGCAUGGUGACUGGCCAGUCCUUAGUCCUCUGGUCCCGACUUCAUCUCGUCGUACACAGUCAACGGGUCCUCCGUGGUUGUCUCGCCAUGAUUAUCAUUAAUGCCAUCAUCUUCCAUAUCCCAGCCUCCGUCCUCGAGCUCGGCAGCCACUCCAACAGGUCGGACCUCUUCACCCCAGCCUUUAAUAUCUUCGAGCGCAUCCAACUCAUCGCCUUCUCGCUACAAGAGGCAAUCCUCUCCGCAAUAUACUCCUAUGAAGCCGUGCGAUUAUUGAAUCUCCGCCCGCGUGGCCAAUACCGAGGGACCCUGGUACAACUGCUGAUCGUCAAUCUGGCCAUGAUCCUCAUGGACGCCGCCAUCAUCGGCGUGCAAUACUCGGGCUUCUUCAACAUCCACGUCACCCUCAAAGCUCUGGCAUAUAGCAUCAAGCUCAAACUAGAAUACGCCAUCCUAGGCAAGCUCGUCCAUUUCACAGAGAUGAGCCACAGCACCAACUCGGCGCCCACCGAUUUAUCGGAUUUCGUGGAUCUUUCUUUCCACCAGAACCACCAGCGGCCAGCGGAUAGCGACAGCCAGGCUCAUUUCCUCGGCACGCCGGAGCCGAAUUUCGAUCCGCGGGCGCGAGCCGCAUCGAAACAGUCCUCUAAUGAUCCGAGGAUAUCCGAUUUAUCGGCCACUGGCAGUUCGAGUAACGAAAUACCGUGA